AAUUAGAAACUGGUGAAAGUAUUUAACACACGUUUUUCUUUAAACAAUCUUCUAUUUUCGUCCUUUGCCUAUCUGCUUCAUUCAAAUAGACUUUCUAAAGGUAUAAAUAAAGCCAGCAGGACUUGGACGUAAACUUUGUAUCAAAUAUCUUCUUGGAUUAAUAAUAAACAGCAUAGAUAAUACAACUACUCUAAUAUCACUCAGCAAUAUGAGCGAGAAAGUUCGACAAAAGAAUUCUGAUAAACAAUUUCAGAAAGGAAAGAAUAAAAUUCAUAAAAAAGCUUAUAAAAAUCCUAAAGCAUUCACUGGAAGUAGAGCGGAAGGUCAAGGGUUUGCUGAUGUAAGAAAAAAGAAGGUUAUGCGAGAAUAUUAUAAAAUGUUACGCAAGGAGAAAAUAAAUAAAGGGAGCAGCGAGACUGGUCGUGAAAAGAAGAAGAAUCAGAAAAAGGAGAUUAGAUUAAAUAGUCCUGACACUAUUUCCGACAAAUCGGAAAAGAUAAAGAAUAAAAAAUCAAAGAAGUCUUUAUAUAAACAAGUUCAAGAAGAGUAUAAGAAGAAACAAGCUGAUAAAAAAAUAGAAGUGGAACGCGUGAGUAAAGAGAAAGUUGAACGUGAGAAAGCCAUUCAAGACUAUAAAGAAGUAAAGAGUAAAAAGUUUUCAAAAUUGGCUAAAGUUAAUUGGAAAGGUCAGCCUAAUAUGACAAGUCAAAUGCACGUACUCUUAGAUGAAAUUGAACGAAUGAAGAAGAAGUAA